AUGGCUGCGGCUGCUCCCACCCAGGCUCCGGCCAUGACCCUGCCGGCCGCCAUGGCCGCCAAGGUGGCGCCCGCCCCCGCCGGCGACCGCAAGGUGGUGCCGCUGAUGACCGACGCCGACGAGGUCGUCGUCCAGGUCCAGGUCCAGGCCGAGCUGCACGUGCUCGCCGUCGACGACAGCGUCGUCGACCGCGCCGUCAUCGCCAAGAUCCUCCGCAGCUCAAAAUACAGAGGUGAGAAAUCGAAUCAGUCCCAAUCCAAUCAAGCCGCGCUCCGGCGAUUCUUCAAGAAAUUGGACGGCCGCUCGAUCCAUCCUCGUUGUAUAUGUUCUAACCUGCCUUUCUUCUGUGCUGCAGUGACCACCGUGGACUCAGCGACGCGGGCGCUGGAGCUGCUGGGCCUGGGGCUCAUCACGGACGUGAACAUGAUCAUCACCGACUAUUGGAUGCCCGGCAUGACCGGGUACGAGCUGCUGAAGCGCGUCAAGGAGUCGUCGGAGCUCCGGGAGAUCCCCGUGGUGAUCAUGUCGUCGGAGAACGUGCCCAACCGCAUCACCCGCUGCCUCGAGGAGGGCGCCGAGGACUUCCUCCUCAAGCCCGUCCGCCCCUCCGACGUCUCCCGCCUCUGCAACCGCAUCCGGUGA